AUGGAGGAGGAUGGGGAGGGGGAGGGGGAGUCAGGUGGAGACAGGAAGGAGGCGGAAGACGACAAAGUCAACACUGGAGACAGGGUAGAACAGGAGGGGGAUGGGGGCGGGAAGGAGGCGGAAGAGGGAGGUGAAGAAAGUUCAGCAGAGGGGGGAGAAGAGGAGGAGGAAUCUACACCACUGGCCGACACUCCUGAGAAGCUGGAACGCUACCUCAAGGGGUGUGACAACAGCUUUGGCGAGCUGCACAUGAACAACGCCACGUAUUGUGACAAGGUGGGCGGGUACAUAGUGAUUCACGUGGAGGACCUGAGGCGGCUGGCGCCCAUCUGGAGCACCAAGAGCGAGGAGGUGCGGGCAGACGUGGAGCACUACACCAUCAACGCCACGGGGGAUGUUCACGGGCAGCGGUGGAUUAGCGAGAUGUACGGCUACUCCUUCGGGUCAUCUGAUGUGGGCCUAAAGCACAUUAUGAUAGACAGCGCCAUGCUUUACCCAGGCUACGACCCUCCUAAAGGGGUCGAUCCACGAAUGAUUCAUUACGGGUUAGAACUCAAGGUAUUAGAUUGGCAAUGGGACAAAUCGGCCUACUAUCGCCAAGACAUGGUCAACACCUGCGGGCAGCAUUUCCCCGACCCGCCGGAAAUUUCCGCGCUGCCCGGAAACCAGACGUACGAGGAGAGGCGGCGGGAUUUUAUCGUGAUAGAGUGUAUGGCGGUGCUGAACCGGGCUUUAAGGGAGUUUCACAGGGUGAAGAGGGGGUGUUUGGUGGAGUGGGAGAGGGAUGUGGGGAUAAUGGAUUUGGGUGGGGCCUCCCCUACAGUAACGGGCGAAUUGAGGGCCGAUGUCUGGGCUAGGGAGAGAGGGAGUGGGAAAGAGAGGGAAGGAGAGGGUGAGGGAGGGCGUCAGGGAGGGAGUGAGGGAGUGAGUGAGAAAGGGGUUGAGGGUGGAAGUGAGAGUGUGAGUGGGGGUGGGAAAGAGGGGGGCACUGUGAAAGGAGGGGCUAGAAAGGGGAUUAGAGUGCAGGGUGACUAUGUUGUGGAUGUGACAGAAAUGAAGGAACGAGCAGGGCUGGAAAGAGGUUUCCUUGUGGUGAGAGAACCGAGAGAGGGAGCACGGGUAAGGAAGUUAAGAGUGAGAGGUGGUGCUGGGGAGGAGGGGAAUAUUCCUUCCGAUGAAGGCAGUGUUGCCUAUGCUGAUUCAGCCACAAACGAGGAUGAAAGUCUCGUGAAUGCGCUAUACCGCGUGAGCAGGCGGUUCCUGUGGUCGCCGCGCAUGCUGUCGUGCAAGUCGGACUGCGAGGACAAGAACAAGAAGUGCAAUACGGAUUACAGCGAGUGCAAGCGCGAGAACAAGGACGACAAACACGACCACCACAAGUGCACGCACACGUACAAGAAGUGCAAGAAAAAGGCCAAAAAGUGCCGCUCCAAUUGCGACUAA